UGGAGUCUAUCAGUGGGACAAACCAUCAGACUGUUUCUCAACAUCCUGUUAGUUCUAACCAGCGGACUAUGUUAUAUAUUGCUUGACGCUCUACGGGAAGCAGUGUUUAAUCCAUACUGGACACCUUUAACGUAAAUAUAGUGUAGGUGGCUCAGACUCUUUUUUGUCAUCGGUGUUUUGGAUAUCUUAAAAAUAUUCUGAGAAGAUGGCGGCAUUUGGGAAGUUGAAGAGAGGCAGCGUUCAGCUACAGCGAGCGGCAAUCAAAGCAAGUGGGAGGAUUGGUGCCCGUCAUGUGAUGGUGGGGAUGGUGGUGCUCGGGUUGUUGCUGUCAGGUUUCGUGGAGCGCAGCGCCAGUGUGGCGCUGCUGUCCCUAAGCGACCCUCUGUCGUCAGCAGACUUUGCAGAAUACGUCACUAAUACGAGUUACGUCACACAGUACUGCGCAUCUUUCAACGACACGAACGACCUGGACGUGGGAGCAGAUCCUGAAGAUGGUGGACUGGAAGAAGAGAUCACGGAUUUCGAACAGGAGGACGAUGAUUCAUUUGAGGGGAACGGUACGACACACGUCGGGCAUGGCCGCCAUAUUGUGGCAGACCCACCCCUCAAGGUUCCUUUCUCUGAAAACGAGGGCCUGGAUUUUCGGCUCCGUGAGAUGUUCCUAUGGGGAACCCUAUUCGCUCCUCUUCCCAGCAGUCGGCUGACCGCGAAGGUGGGACCUGUACGCAUUUUCGGGAUUGGCAUUCUAGGAGCAGGGGCACUGGCCGUCUUUGUCCCAUUCGGCGCCUGGUUUUCAUCAUAUCACAUCACAAUCCGCUUCGUUCAAGGUCUUUUCACUGGUUCCACGUGGCCUGCCCUGCACAUGCUUGCUGCUUCUUGGUUCCCUCCGCUGCAGCGAAGUGGAUUUGUAUCCUGCUACUCCGCUGUGUCGGUAGGCCACGCUAUGGCAGGGCUGUUAGGGACACCAUUAGUAUUGGCCCUGGGUCGAGACUCAUUAUGUUACCUGCUGGCAACUCUCACUCUUCUGUGGGCUAUGGGCUGGUGGAUUCUAGUGCGAGAAUCGCCUGCAGAACAUCCCCGGCUUUCUGACGAACAGAGGCGUCAUUUGCAGAGGGCAAUUGGACCCGGAUUGUCUGCUAGGAAUGCUGUUCCUCCACCGCCGUGGCGACGUCUGCUGUCUUCUCUGCCGGUUUGGGCCUGCGCAAUGGCCACCUUGGGCAGUCAUUGGGGUCAGGCUACCCUGCAACUUGCGGUCACCAAGUACCUUAUGCUGGUGUAUGGCUUUGCUCUCAGAUACGACCGCGUGUUGUCAGUGCUGCCGCAUUUUGGUCAUUUUCUCGCUGCCCUGACAUUCGGGCGUGUGGUGGACCACGUGCGUGGACAAGCCCUUGUGUCUACAACGACAGCCAGAAAACUACUCGUCUAUAUCUCCCACUUCUUGCCGGGCGCUGUCCUCUUCGUUGUGGGAUACAGCGGAUGUGACCCAGCGACACCCGCUGCCAUCUAUACUGCAGCCGUCGUGGUUAGUGGCGCCACUGCAGCCGGCGUCUACUCUAGCGCCGUUGAUGUUGCACCCAAUUUCGCAGGAACUGUUUUUGGUCUGAGUCAAACAUUUGGCGCCGCUGGGAGCCUGGCAGCCAGCUACGUCGUCAAGGAAGGUCUUCAUGGAUCUCUGCCCGGGUCAUGGCGUCUCGUGUUCGGAGUGGCCGCGUUUGUUCUGGCAUUCACCGCGACCGUCUUCAUGGCCAUCGGCAGUGGCUCUGUCCAACCGUGGAACUACUCGCCCAAUCAGCGGGCAGCUGCCCAGGAACCAGCGUCAGAAGACGAAGCAGAGGAAAGAGAGACAGCGGCAUCGAGCGUCGUAGUGGACACCGCCUCCGUAUCGCAGCAGCCUCCCGAAACGUCAAGUACAACCAAAGCUGCCACAAUGACUACAGCGUUGUAAGUUCGCUGCUGAAAUGAAAUAUCCCAAUCAAGAAAGGACACUUUCGCUAAAAGUGCAAGAAGUAAGAGAAGACAUCGGUGGACCACACAGAGAGAGAAUAUUUAAGCCAGUUUCUGUUAGGACUCUUGCCUUUAUAUUUGUCAUGGUUAGAACUAUGGUUCAUGUGAGUGACUGUGAGUACUCGAGUAAAAUUGAACACAGUUGGUAGUAUUCAUUCAUUCAUUCUUCACACAUCCUUCAUUCAUUUAGUCAACAAUGACUCUACAGCCCAUUGUUGGCUCUGGCCUCUUCUUCAGUUUCGUAAUCGUUUUUACACAUACGGGAGGACACCUUGGACGAGUAAUCAACCCACCGUAAGGCCGCUAAAUACACACAGAACAACACAAACACAGAAUAAACGCACACACCAACAUUCAUGCCUCGAGUGGAAUUCGAAACCACGAACCCUGCUUUCGAGCCAGUGAAAACAGUGCAUACCUUAGAACAUGCGGCCACUGUGAUGGGCCCAUUGAGAGUAUAUGCCUGAUAAAAUAAUACGUUUAGGUUACAUAAAAUGGGCAAGAUAUAUUAAGAAAUACUAAUUCUACAUCUGUGCUUUCUUUGUAUGUAGUGCAUGGGAUGAAUUUAUAAAGAACAAAUCCGUGUGUCCGUAUAAUUUCCUUUCAAAUCCUGAAGUGGAUGGAGAUUAUGUUUGGUAUAAUAUAUUUACUGAAUUUUGUUGGUCAAUUUAAUUUUGAGAAACAUUGGUCCUUUCCUUGUUUAUUUGUCUGUUUAUUUAAAGGUGCUUUCAGCUGAUCAGAUUAGAUAGCCUUAAGUCCGUCCGUUAGUAAUUGCUUUAAUUGUUCCAUUAUUAAACCACAACUAACUAAAGCUAA